UUCAUGAAACUAGGACUUUUUGAGAAGGAUAAGUUUCGAAGUUUUGGAGCACUUAAAACAGUCUUCACGCCUAAACCGUGAGAGCUAUUUAGGAUUAAUUGGAUUUUAUUUCUUUAGUGCGAUAAUUUUCCUGUAGUGUAAUGUCUGCCGUUGGUAGCGAUCGCUCCGUUGUCUUUGUCAUACGUCAUUGUCUCCUCCCGGAGCUUUCGGCCGAGAUCAAAACAAGCCCGUACCAGUCCCUGUAGGAAACACUUGUAGGCUGGGAUGUACUCGAAGAAGACGAAACUUGAGGCCACAGCCGAUCUUCGUGCAGCAAAAUAAAACAAGACUUUAUUGAGAACAUACGUGAGGACAAACAGACAGAGCUAAAGAUGCUUCUGUUCCUGUCCGUGCUGAUCCUCUACGUGCCGUUAGAGGGCAGCAGCUCACCAAUCGGUUGCUACAAUGACCAAGGAGAUGCUGUUGAUUGGUUCUAUAUAUACAAACUUCCCAAAGAGCAUGGCAGUAAGUCUCCUGAACGAGGUGAGAUGUAUUUGCUUUUGGACCAAGGAAGUGAAGGAUGGACUGAAGGGAAGGGGACAGUGAAUGACACCACGAGCGCCCUGGGCAGGACGGUCGGACAGCUGUACACGCAGGGGAAGAAUACAGACAUUGCAUACAUCCUUUACAAUGACCAGAAGCCACACGAGGACUCGUCUGGUGACAGAUGGGUUCAUAACAGUGAGAGCAGCGGGGGUCACACGAAAGGUGUUGUGCUGCUGGAUAAAAAUCAGGGUUUCUGGUUGGUCCACAGCACCCCUCAGUUUCCUCCUGUUCAACAGGCAGGGGAGUAUUAUUACCCCAGCAGCGGGGAGAAUAAUGGGCAAAACUUCAUCUGCGUUACAUACCCGCUCGACCAUUUCCAGACCAUCGGAGAACAGCUGGAGAUCAAUCAGCCUAAAGUGUAUGACUGCAGCAUCCCAGAGUCCUUGGCAUCCCAGGUGCCUUCGCUCGCUGCUCUUUGUGGGAAAAGAAAUCGGAAAUAUGAAUUCUUUCCACAUGCCAAACCUGUGUCCAAUCGCAGCGUGACACUCACCUCAAAGGGCGGGACAAACUUCAUCAGCUUUGCCAAAGGAGCCUCUUUUGACAACGAUCUGUAUCAUGCGUGGGUGGCCCCAACCCUCCAGUCAGACCUCUUGGUCCAGUUCUGGAUUCGCUCCACGGGCAUCCUUCCUUCCGACUGCUCGGAUGACUGGAAGGUCCUGAACAUCAAGCUCCUCAACCCUGGGCAGACGUUCUCCUUCAAGACCAGCCAGGACCACUCCAAAUGGGCGGUGAGCCCCAGCGAGACUGGGGCCGGUGGAGGCUGGGUGUGUGUCGGGGACAUAAACCGAGAUGAGGCUGAGGAGAAGCGGGGUGGAGGCACGGUGUGCCAUCGUGAUCCGGUGGUGUGGAAGGCUUACCGAACAGCGGCCUUGGACUGUGAGGACUGUCAAGGAGAAACAGUCCAGUGCUGAGAGUCAUGAUGAGUCAUGAGGGUGAAAAAAUAUAACGCGAACAGGGUUUUAUGUGGAUUUAUUUGUUACAGAUUUCUGUUCACAUCUAGUGAAAUCUAUGUGAAAUAUUUAGCCUUUAGCAUUUAGACAAUUUCAGUUUUUUAGUUUAAACACAUUCCUGCCAGAAGUUUUACACUAAUCUAGUGAUCAGUAGAUGACAGUAAGAUGCCAAUAAACAGCAAUGCAAUAUUUCAAUCAGUCCAUAGAGUCUCAUCUUCAAAUAAUUAUUAUUUAACAGUAAAUAGUAGGGAUGGGUAUUGAUAAGAUUUUCAUGAUUC